UAAUUAAACCCGGCUCUAUGUAACUAGCUGCAACAGCGGUACACUGAAAACACAUCUCGUGCGAAGUACACCUAUUCUGUAUCACUUGCACCGCGAAAUUGGACACAACCAUAUUUACAAUUUAGGAAGAAAAAUGAAGUGGCUUUAUUUAGUCCUCCUCGGUAUCGUCUUAGUGCCGCUGGUUAUUAGUAAAGGGGACGUAGAAAUAAGAAUCUUGAGCGACUGGAAUACUGGCUUUGAGGGCUCCCUGUUGUACAAAGUGACCGAGGAAGUGGAUGGAGGCUGGGAAAUAACUCUCAGCUUUGAUCAACCGCUGAGAAAACUCGAGAUCUGGGAAGCUAAAAUCAAGUCGACAUCUGAAGACAAGAAAACUUUCGUUAUCAGUAAUUUUGGCUGGAAUACUCAUCUCAACGAAGGAAGCGUUCUGGAGAUGCCGUUUAAUGGUGUGAAAGGCGCGAAUGGUGGAAGACCGCACGUGACUGCCACGUUCCACGCAAGAGGUGACGAGGAAAGCGGAGACGGUGAUUUCAUGCUCUAGACAUGUGAUUGCAUUGCCAUGGGUGUGCCCUAGGGUAUCCCGAUGUUACCCCUUUUUAGGCGCAAAAUAUAUUGAUUAAAGGAUAAAGUAUCAAAA